GGCAGCCCUCAGCAGGGACGGCCAGAGCCACCCGUCCGCCGGGACCGCUGCGCUGCUUCUGGGCACGGCUGCCAGGACCGCUGCUGCGCAGUUGCAGCUGAAUAACUGGACAUCUAAUACCCAUGUUCAGAAGCCAUGAAUUCCAGAAAAUUACUCUCAGAAACGCAGAGAACAUUUCCUGCUGCUAAAGUACACUGCCAGCAGCCAUCACGGAUUCUCAUUGUGGAUGCCACAUCAGCUUCCUGGACCAACACUUGCUCUGUACUCUCUGAAGCUCUGGAAAACACGCUCUGUUUGGCAUGCAGUUUGACAGGCCCCUGCCGUGUUCCCCUGCUGAGCCUUUACGUGGUGCAGAACCAGCAGGAGUGCCUGCUUCCUUUUACGCAAGUGAAAGAAAACUUUGCACGAAUUCAAGCCUGCAUUUCAGAGCUCCGUUCACUACCAAGAGAAGGCUGUUUCCCACAGGGGGGAAAUGGAGCGGUACAAGCUGUGCAGGAUGGAUUGCAACAGUUCAAACAAUACAGCAGACACACAGCAGCAGGAGGCUCAACAAAUAGUUCUGUUGAGAUCACAAUUUUGACUAGCCAGUCCAGCAAAGAAAUGGUAAAGCAGCUGGAAAAGAAGUUAAAAGAUGUAGACCUUGUGAGUCUGCGAAGAAUACAAGUAAUUGAAAUUUUGAAGAGAGACUUUCUGGAGCCUGAGGAUGUAGAACAGCACGUGCCAGCAGAAGAGCCCAGCAGCAAUGACAUUGCAAUCCUGGGAAUGGACAUUGAUGUGCAAACCAUAGAGGACAAUGUCAUCAGCUUGGAGAUGUUGUUUAAAACAUGGCUACAUGUCUAUGGCACAGAGAGAGAACACCUCCAUCUCCUCCUUCCAUCAGGAGGCUUCAGUCACGCCACUGCAACCAAGACCACCCUAAUGUGCCUGAAGUGCGAUUUGCAGGAGAGAUUGCUCGACCCAGCUCUACUUUCUGGGACGGUUGAUGGCACCAUGAGAGCAGCAGAUUUGAAUUCACCCUGCCAGAUGGCAGCCUGGCCAGCUACAGUGCUGUAUAAACUCCAGGUUGUAAAGGCUCUGAAGUCUGAAGGGGUCUGCGAGUCUGUAGUGUAUGGCCUGCCCUUCAUCAUCAAGCCCACAAGCUGCUGGCAGCUAGACUGGGAUGAACUGGAGAUAAACCAGCACAGCUUCCAUGCUCUAUGUCAUAGUCUUCUGAAAAGGAAGUGGAUGCUUUUGGCCAAACGUGAGCCACAGAACACUAGUCCAAACUGGAACAUCAUGAUGCAUUCCUACUACAUCAUUGUCCCUUCUGACUCCGCCACUCUACUUGUCAAAGCAGUCGCCAUCAGAGAGCUCUUGCUGCCGUCAACCUUCCCAGCCCUCCUUGCUGAACAUCCUGAGAGAGUGCAUGGCCCUAUAGAGAACAUGCAGCUGCUGCUGAAGAUAAAUCUAUCAUCUCCCUCAUUGCUGGGGAACAUGGAUCUCCUCAGACUGCAGAGAGAAGUGCUUUAGGUGUAAGAUAAAUCACUACAUAAAGUGUCUCUGUUUCUUCCAAUAGAUACAGGCUUCUGAUUUCCUGUUGUGCAUCCUUAUGUUCUUCUCGGUUGUCUGCCUCUGCUUCAGGUGAUGCCAGGAAGGGCAGAGCCCUCACUAUAGGUCUUAGCAGAUGAACAGAGGAGGAAACAGCUGUGAAGAUGUCUAGUGACAGCUGGAAUAUGAUGGAGCACUCCAAAACUUCUUCCCAGCAGCCAAUAUAUCCUACAGCUUUCUUGGACAGCAAAUGGCUGUCCUUUGGAGCAAUGUUGCAUGUCUGUUGGGGGGAGGGGGAAGGGGCCUUAUGAAGCAGAGAGUUGAGGGUGAUGGGGCCCAGAAAGGGUGCUCCAGCUUGUUGGCUGAUUCUGGGCAUGGGGGAGGAUAGGAGUGCAUCCUGCAAGGGAAUGCUUAAAUCAAUUUUAGACCUGGCUGCAGAUGCCUCUUGCUCUAUACACUGCUAAGAGUGGUCCUUGUGGGUAGCAGCACAACCAGAGAUCCCUUCUCCCAUCACUGCAAGGUACCAUGGAGGGUCUGUAACACUCAUCUCUGCAAAAAAAGCCCUCGACACUAAAAACCACAAAAAACCCCAAUCAAACCCCACAGCCUCUACCUGUCACAUGUCAUAGCCACUAGGUUCUUUCUUCUCUCUGAGCAGAGUGCCCUGAACAGCUUGGAAGUGGAAGUUGCUUAUAACCCCUUGCAC